AUGGGCGACAGCCACAAGUGGAUGAGGCAGCUGCUCUUGGUGGGCCUGAUUGUAUUGCUGAACUGCAAUGGAAACCCCUUAGCCAGGCGGCUAAGAUUGCGUCCGCUGAAUGCCAUAGAGAUUCGGCAUUUAGAGAACUCCUUGCCCGCAGGUCGAUCGGUCUCUAGUGGAUUCGCUGGCCUCACCGGCUUUGCUUUGGGUUUGGGAAAAGCCCUGACUGGUGUGUUUAUCUAUGACGUCAUUACUGCCAAUAUCACCGAAGCCGAGGAGAGCAGUGUCUCAACCAGUGGUUCUUCCUUGAGAGAGAUCUGUCUCAAUACGGGUAACUCCAGUUCGGAUAUAACUUGCAUUGUUUACUACACUAAUAAUUAA